CAGCAUCUACCUCAUAAUAUCAAGUCAAGUUUUCGUCGUUACUUGAAGUGAUCGUAUCUCUGGAGCUUCAAUCCAAAGCCAAGACAAUCAUCCCAUCUGAGGUCCUAGCUUCCGACUGAGAGGCGAUUCCAAGGACUAUUCCCCAUCACACCUUUGACUCGCCGGUGUCCCAUCCAACACGACAGGCCAUGCGCUUCCAACCCCAAACCCCCUCUGUCAGGGUCACCAACAUCCCAGCCCUCCUCGACCACAUCGUCUGCACCCUCCCUCCCAGAGACCUAUUCCAAUGCCUCCUCACCUCUCCCGCCUUCUUCCACGCUGCCGCCAAAACGCUCUACCGCUGCGUCUCUGUCGACGACCGGCUCAUCCCUGGAGUCCUCUUGGGUUUGCCCAAGGCCACAUGCCGGUGUGGGGCAGGGAACCACGAGGACGAUGACUGUACACACUCUCCUUCGGUCUUCAGCAAACACAUGCUGGUGCGCUAUAUACGGCAGACCAUUGUCGUGCGCUCGCAUGAUACCUGUAUCUGCCCCUCUCUGCUCUAUCACAUCGCCCUCCCUCGACUCGAGCGCAUAUAUCUCGUCGACUCCAGAGAUGGUCUUGCCAUGUACGACAUGGCUCUGGAAGAGAUGUGCUCAAAGCCCUACUGCCCUUUCCUGAAGAACGCGUGCUCAAAAGCUACCCAGCUCGUCCUCACCGAAUGCCACAACGCCUCCUUCGCCGAAGCCACCCCUGCGUCCAUCCUCCCCAACUUGCACAACCUGAUAUGGGUCAUGGGCUGCCAUGACUUUAUGAUCUUGGGCGAGAAUAUCGGGGCGCAUGCGGUCAAAGUCGGUACGACGAAGGAGGUGGAUAUGCUUUGCUGGUGGGAUCUGUUGGACAAUAUGGCGAGGAGCGUCAUGCUGGAGGGUAGCUUGACCAGCGUCUCGACCUCUCUCAUGGAGGCUUGGAAAUCGCACACGGAUCUUGCUUUUGGGCCUUUCAACGGCGCAGAGCUGGCUGUGAGAAUCAUGACUUCCCUUGGGCGAUAUACGUCGGUCGACACGAUCCGUCUUUACGACUUUGAGGCUUUUGCCCAAGUCCAGCUCGGAGCGGUAAACCCGCUCGUGGUUCCAGAUGUCAAAGACUCCGCUGUUGCGGCCUUUUACAAGGGUCGAGGAUGGAAGCUUCACCGGGAGGCGCUGGUGAAGGAGCCACUGACGGCGGACGAAGUCUAUGCCGAACUCGGCGACGACGAAUAUCCCCCAGCCGACCCCAUUGCCGAAGGUCUCUCCGUCACUUUCCAUACCAACAAAGACUUUUUCCGGCGCUACGACGAUAUACCUCCCGAGGUCAUUGAAGUUCCCGAAGAGUAUCAGCUCUGGAACCGGAAUGUCGUUAACCCUCUUCCGUCGCUUGUCAGUCUUCGGCAACGAUGUGCGGAGCUUUUGGAUUUGCCCGAGUGGCAGCUAUGGCCGUUUACGGCUGGGCAGUUGAGGUAUAUGGUUUCCAACUUUCGGAAGGAGUUUGGUUUAGGACUGGCGGGAGCGUGAUUGGUGGGAGGCAAGGGGCAUAUGGAUAGAGACGCGGUAAGAGGUGGGACAAAGAGGUCGUUCGCGCUUAGCGAAAAGCUACGAGUACGGCUCGUGAGGUGUGUCGAAGCCGUCCGCGUCCUCCGGAGUUGAUCAGUAUGUUGACAGCCAUGAAUAGACUUGCUAUGCACUUCACAUGGAUAUUAUGCACAUGGCAGUAUGAAUUGACU